AUGGGAUUUAGUAAAGAAGAGAUCAGCAAAAGCAGAGGACUUUGGUCUUCUCUAUGGAGAGGCAUCAAAACUCUAUUCGUUCUGUUCACAAUGUUCUUCUCUUUUCUCCUCGUCUCUGCUCCGAUCUUCCUCGCCGUCGCCGACGCUCUCCUCCCUUCCGCCCUCCUCCACCGCCUCUCUUCUCCAGCGAACCUUUCUUCUCAUCUCACCAACUACGAUUUCCGUCACUCCCUCAUCGAUAUUCCGUUGAUCUCCAUCGUUAGAUCUGCCGUUAUACUCUGCGUUUACGGAUUCUGCGACGGACCAAAACUAUCGAGAGGUCCGUACCUGACGAUAACGAUGAUCUGCUCGAUUUCGUCUCUGAUCUACAUUUCGUUAAAAGCGGCGUUCGUGUUCGGAGAGCCGGCGAUCGGAGACGGCGGAGGUAACUACUUCAGAGCAGCUGAAGUGGCUCUGUUUCUAAGCUCGUCGGUUUUAGCAAUCGGACAUAUCGUUGUGGCUUAUCGAACUAGUUGCAGAGAGAGAAGAAAGCUUCUCGUCUUCAAAAUCGACAUUGAAGCCGUUUCGGCUUGUAAAAACGUGUACCCAAGGUAUCAAAAGAUCCUCCAACAAAAGAGACUCAAAUAG